AAAGAAGAUGGUGAUACCAGUGGUUGACUUUGCGGCAUACUCCUUGUCCGUCCCAGCAGAGAAAGCAGACGUUCAGAAACUCCGUAGUAUCGCAGACGAACUCCGUCAAGCGUUUACAACUGUUGGAUUUGUUUAUCUAAAGAAUCAUGGAUUACCACAAAAUGUUAUUGAAAACACAUUUGCCAUUUCGAAGACAUUCUUUGAGAAACCAGUAGACGUAAAACAGAAAUAUGAAAGGCCUGCGGACGAGAACCAUGGAUGGGUGUCUCUGGAGAGGGAAAAUUUGAAUCCAGAGAGACCAGCAGCUGAUUUGAAAGAAGCAUACAAUAUGACGUUGGUAGAUGACCAAGGAACCAUGCCUUUGGAUAUACUCCCAGACUUCUACAAAGUGUUCAAAGAAAUGUUUACAUUAUCACAAGAACUAGGAAGCCGCGUCUUGGAUUUGAUGUCUAUUGGUCUGGAAAUAGACCAAACAUUCUUAAGGCAGUGUCACCAGAAGAUGGGGAGAAAGGGAAACGCCACAACAUUACGAUCCCUGUAUUAUCCACCGAUUACUAAAGGUGUUAAGCCGGGACAGGUGCGGUGUGGUGAGCAUUCUGACUACGGUUCCAUUACACUCCUGUUUCAAGAUGAUGUCGGAGGAUUAGAAGUAAAACCAAUGGGGUAUGAUUACGUGCCAGCUUCUCCGAUACAUGGUACAGUGUUGGUUAAUUUAGGGGAUCUAAUGCAGCGAUGGACGGCAGACAAACUUAUUGCAACAAAACAUCGUGUCCUGAUUCCUGAGAAGGAAGUUACACAAAAGAAGGGGAGACAAUCUUUGGCAUUUUUCAUUCAUCCGGACGAUGAAGUAAUGAUCAAGUGUUUGGAUGGUUCUGGGAAAUAUGAGGAAAUAUCCAGCAUUGAUUAUCUGAACAUGCGUUUUGCUGCGAUUCAUAAACAGAUGUAUUUCUUUGAGAAAUUAUCAGAAACUAUGGAAAUUAAUUUAAAGAUAAAAGUGUGGGCAUUUCUUCUACUUGGCAUAAUUAAGACUGUGAACCUACAGAUUUUUGAUUGCCCGGUUGACUGGUUCACGUCCAAUAACAUCUGCUAUAAGUUUGUAUUUGAUCCCAAAGAAACAUAUGAACAAGCGAGAGGACAGUGCUCGUUGCUUGGUACAAGUUUAUUAUCCGUGAAAUCCAGAGAUGAGCAUGAUUUUAUUGAUGGCUGGUUACGAAAUAAUGAUUAUUUUAGGAACACGUGGUUUACGACUGGUCAGCGAAGCCGUGAGAAUCCCUCCAUGUACGCCUGGGACGGAGACUUUACGAACAAUAGAAUCCCUCAGGACAUGCAGUUCUGGCUCCCAAAUGAUCAGACCCACUUUACCCCCACUGCCCGGCAAGAAGACGUUAUUGUGUACAAGUUUGAUGGAAUCUCAUAUGCAUGGACAGUUGGUAGCAAGUUAGAUAAAAUGUCUUACGUUUGUGAAAUUAGCCAAACAGAGGCUUACAAACUUACACAAGAAAAACGAGGUUUUGACUAUGGUGUCCCCUACAAUGAAAUGGAGAAUGUGAAGAAAGGUCCCAAACUGGAGUUACAGCCUAAUGAUUUGUCAAUCAUUGGUCGAUCAAAGUUUGUCACUAUAGAAGCAGUUGCUAUUGGAUUCCCACAACCAACAUAUGAAUGGAAACGAUUUCGUGGUUCCAAUUCCACUAUAAAUUCCCUGGCAGAUGCCGAAACGAUAUCCUCAAAAAAGGAGACCCGUUAUACGCUAACCAACGGAAAAUUUACGAUAGAAAAUCCUGAAGAAAAUUCGGAUGCAGGGAUUUAUCAAUGUCUGGUGGAGAAUGAAGUUGGAAAAGUUCUUAGUAAUCCCGUUAAAAUCACGUUCGGAUUUUUGGGAGAAUUUUCAAACGUCAAAGAUGCUGAUGUAAAUGCCAACAUGUACGAUGGAGCCGUGAUGCAGUGUAGCAACAUUGCAUUUAAACCAGCUGUUGUAUAUAACUGGCAGAGAGAGCUAAGCGGCAGACCUAAGAAUAUCAUCCGAACUAUGACGCCAUACGUGUUUAUGUCUUAUAAUGGAAAUCUGUACUUCUCAGAAGUUACAGAGGUGGACGCCAAUAACUACUACUGUCAGGUGACAUUGACCAGUCUUACUAGCGAAAAAGUCAGCGAUGUCCAAUCAGUCAGCAAAACCAGUCUCCCUAUCAGACUGAAUGUCUUGGCUCAAGCCGCAAAAACUGAGUGGGGUCCAGAAAUUCAAGAUGAUUUCAUCAAUGUUUUCCCCAAACCCCCACUAAAGGGACACAAUGUUCGCAUGGAAUGCUUUGCCUAUGGCUCAUCCAAUAACUACAUAGAAAUGUGGCGUUAUUGGUGGACGAGGGAGGGAAGACCGAUGCCCGAGAAUGCAGAGAUGUCGGAUUUUAACCGCGUGUUGAUCAUUAAAAACGCCCGCCUAGAGGACCAGGGGAACUAUGUUUGUCAUGUCAAGCGUGGACAUCAAGCCAGGGACAGCAAAGUUAUUGCUCUGCGACUGGAAGCUGUGCCUUAUUUCAUCAUUCCCCUUGAUGACCAGCACGUAGACAAGGGUUCCCAGCUGACCUGGAGAUGUGAAGCCAUGGGCUAUCCACAACCUUCGUACACGUGGUUUAAAAAUGGAGAAAUCUUACAGUCGGGAAACAACGCAGAUUACGUCAUUUCCGGGAACAUACUGACCAUUCCAGUUUUGGAUGAGAAGCACAAUGGAAUGUACCAAUGUGCUGCCACCAAUGUCCACGGGACGGCGAUGUCUGCUGGGCAGCUAAGAGUUUUACAUUUUGCACCGACUCUACGAAAACACCCUAUUCAAUCCCACAUGGUAGGGGCCUUAAAUGGGGAGAUCAUAAUUAUAUGUAAGCCAGAGGCCGCUCCCUCGCCAACAAUCACUUGGACCAAAAACAACAUCAACCUGGUACCAGAUGGCAACAGGAUUAAAAUGAUGCCCAACGGUAAUCUACAAAUAAAGGACCUUACCUACGGCGACGCCGGAUUCUACACGUGUGUGGCGGAUAAUGGAAUCCAACCACCUGCAAAAAGCACAGGACAACUGGUUGUACAAUCCGCCACUGUGAUCACUAUUCCCCCAGUGACUGACCCCGUGGUCGUAAACAGGACCACCUUUAUUCCCUGUAAGGCCUCUUAUGAUAUGAACCUUGACCUUGUCUAUAUGUGGAACUUCAAUGGGAAACUUAUCGACUUUGAGAGAGAAUUUCAUUACAGAUUGGACACCAGCGCAACCCAUACAGGACUCAAUAUCAUUAUGACACAGUUUAAGCACGCAGGGACUUACGAAUGUAUUGCCAAAACAACUCUAAACCAAGAUGCUAGAUCAACAAAGCUGGCAGUAUAUGGUCCCCCGGGAGAACCUGCUGGGGUGGUUGGGGUGGACGGUUCACCCACGGAGACAACCAUUCAGCUGAUCUUCUUCCCAGGAGCAGAGCAUGGCAGCCGUGUCUCGCAUUUUGUAGUUGAGAGGGAAAUUGAACACGAAAAAGGAUGGAAAUUGAUUCCCCAACAUUUCCCAGAACCAUUUACGAUCAUCCCGGGUGCCGUUGGCAUGCAAAGUGACAUGCGGCAGAUAAAAAUCGAAGGAUUGCACCCCGGAAACGGUUACAGGUUUAGAAUUGCAGGCGUCAACCAAUAUGGUGUCGGUACAUGGAGUGUACCUUCACCAUUUAUUGAAACCAAACCAGCGGCACCAGACGUGGCUGUUGAUGCGGAGUACAUCGUAGGGGGCAAUGGUAGCGUGGGGGAUCUCAGCAUCAUCUGGAAGAGAAUGGAGCCCGAGUUCCACGGUGCCCCAGGCUUUGGUUACAUCGUGUACUGGAGAAGAUACAAAACGGCUAGUGUAUACGACUCUCUGUGGCGCAAAUCGGGGCCAUUCCCAGACUGGACAAAAGACAGAAUGACUGUUCAAGUCGGCGAGGAAAAUUACUACGUAGAGUACGAGGUCAAAAUCCAGGUGUACAACUCUGAAGGGAGGGGGCCAAAUUCAACAGAGGCAGUGGUUUAUUCUGCGGAAGGAAUGCCUAUAGCUGCUCCUCAGGGCUUAUUCUGCGAUGCCUACAACUCCACAGCUAUGCUUGUUACCUGGCAACCUGUUGAAGAUACCAGAGAGACCAUGAAAGGGAGGGUGUGGGGAUAUCAAGUUAAUUACUGGUUAGACGGGGAUGAAGAGCCUAUUUAUAAACGUUAUAUCCGGUACCAGGGUCAGAUUUCAGAGGCCGUGGCUAUUGGACUUUUCCCGGACACUAACUUCUGGUUUGAGGUACAGGUAUUUAAUACAGCUGGUCUUGGACCCCUCAGCGAAAAAUUCAUCCAGGAAACACUUCACGAAGUUCCAAAGUUAUAUCCCCAAGAGGUGUAUGCACAUUCUCUAAGUUCUUCCAGUGUUCGGAUCACGUGGAGAGGAAUCAGUACAACACGGGAGGAAGAAACCUUAUCUGGAUACAUGGUGUAUUUCUGGAAAGCCAACGAUCAUUUUAGAAAUGCCCAACAGUUUGAGACUGCCAAAUUUGCCAUUCAGCAUGAUAUUUACGGAAUUCAGAAGGGCGUGGUUUAUGCCGUUAGAGUAGCAGGGUGCAGCGACGGCGGGGAGGGGCGAAAGUCCCCCACAGUGUACUUUACUUUAGGCGGUAUGAUUCGUCUAGAUAACACCACCACUAGUCUGAAGUACGAGGGAAUUGAUAGUUUCGGACAUCAACUCAAACAGUCUCAAACCAUUGUCCUGUUUAUGACUCUCUUCGCCUUAUUAACGUCAUUCUUAGUUACCGUCUGCACUUAUUUCAGAUUCAAAGAAUAUCUGUUUUGUGGACCUACAAAAAUUGACAAUCUGGAUCGUGAAGCGUCAUCCGCUCCGGAGCACUCCGGAAGGAUAUCCAUCUCGGGAAGGGUGGCCACACCCCCUCCCCCAGAGAUGACAUGUCCAGUGGCAGAGAACUGGUGUUACACACAGGUGAAAGUUGUAAAGUUUUCCUACAUAUGGACAAUCAAUAACUUCAGCUUCUGUAGAGAAGAGAUGGGAGAAGUGUUAAAAAGUUCCACAUUCUCAGCAGGAGCAAAUGACAAACUCAAAUGGUGUUUACGAGUGAAUCCUAAAGGAUUAGAUGAAGAAAGCAAAGAUUAUUUAUCUCUAUAUUUAUUAUUAGUGUCAUGUAACAAAAGUGAAGUUAGAGCAAAGUUCAAAUUUUCAAUACUGAAUGCCAAAAGAGAAGAAACAAAGGCUAUGGAAAGCCAAAGGGCUUACCGCUUUGUGCAAGGAAAGGACUGGGGAUUUAAAAAGUUCAUCAGGAGGGACUUUUUAAUGGAUGAAGCCAAUGGUCUUUUACCAGAUGAUAAACUAACAAUAUUUUGUGAGGUGUCAGUGGUCGGUGACACAGUGAAUGUUUCUGGUCAGUCAAACUGUACACCAGUCAAAGUCCCCGAGUGUAAACUCAGUGAUGACUUGGGGGUCCUGUUUGAAAGGUCCUCAUUUAGUGAUGUCACUCUCUACCUAGGAGGAAGGGAGUUCUCAGCACACAAAGCAGUGUUGGCAGCACGGUCUCCAGUGUUCAAUGCAAUGUUCGAACAUGAGAUGGAAGAGAGCAAGAAAAAUCGUGUAGAUAUAACAGAUGUAGACCAUGAAGUUAUGAGAGAGAUGCUUCGAUUUAUAUACACAGGAAGAGCUCCAAACUUAGACAGAAUGGCAGAUGAUCUACUAGCAGCAGCUGAUAAGUAUGCCUUAGACCGAUUAAAGGUGAUGUGUGAGGAAGCAUUAUGUUCCAGUCUCUGGAUUGACAAUGUGUGCGAGGUCUUAGUGUUAGCAGAUUUACAUAGCGCUGAUCAGCUUAAAACUCAUGCCAUUGAUUUCAUCAACAGUCAUGCUACAGAUGUAAUGGAAACUCCUGGUUGGAAAACUCUAAUACGGAAUCAUCCCCAUCUCAUUGCUGAUGCAUUUCGUGCCCUGGCCAGUCAACAAAGUCCGCCCCUCGGACCCCAACGCAAACGCCUCAAAACGUCAUAGUCCUAGUCAUUCAUUGCAACACUUGUGACACAGAAAAGCUAAAAAUACAGAUCUGUUUUGUACACCAGUAAUGGAACAGUGGAAGAAAUUGUGGACUUCUUAGUUGUUCCACCUGACCAUAUCCUGUGUAGAUGUUAGUGCUAGUGGCAGAGUCUGACAGGGCUUUUCUGUGAUAGAAUACAUUUUUCCAGACAUUGAGGUUGUGUGGCAGUCGGCAUAAUUGCAAGUGAUUUACUUAAUAAAGACUAAGUUGCAAAGUUCUUUCAAAGGAUAAACCCCUUUCAUUUUUUAGCAGAUUAUAUGAAAGUGAACUUGCUGUAAAAUAUUGGCAAAGAAGGGUCAGUACAAGCAUCAUUCUAAUUAAUUUAUUGCAUGUAGCUCAGACUUUUUUGUCUUGUAAACCAGUUAUUGUUAAAAAGUACAAUGUAAAUACAGUGGCAUGCAAAAAUGAUUUUGUAUAUUUUCUGUUGGUUUUCCAAGUCUCUUGUCUUUAAUGUAUAACCAAUAGAUGGACUAUAAUUUAAAAUUUAUUGUAAAAGUGCUUUCCUCUUUUAAUUCUAUUUUGGUAUCAUUUUAAUGUGCCAGUGACUAUUUUAAUUCAGAACACUCAUGUGAAUUCUUAUAUUUCAUUAUGUUUCGUUAGAAACAAUUAUUUAAUAUACAUGUAAUAAAUGACAUUUUUUGUA